AUGUUCUCUCAAAUAGUAAUAUUCAUUGUAGCACUAAUUCUUUUAAACUCUUCCAACAUAUGUGGGGAUAAUAUUUUAUUGCUUAACGCUGCGUUAUCCAAAAAUACCAGCAAUGUAGAUAAUGAAAUACUUAUUCAGCCAAUUAAAGCAAACGCUACAACAUCGCAUGAUAUAGAUGAUGAUAAAAUUGUAGGUGGUAUAAAACAACCAAUCAAUGGCCGUAAAUUUCAAGUUGCUGUUUUACCAGGUCGUUAUCUGUGCGGUGGAUCUUUAAUUAGACUAGAUUGGGUAUUAACUGCAGCACACUGUACUGAAGGUUUUAGACCGCGAAAUAUUAUAGUACGCGCUGGAUCAAACUAUUAUCAACGUGGUGGUCAUACAAGAUCUGUUAGAAAAAUUUUUAUGCAUCCUCGUUUUAAUAUAUUCACUUUGAGUAACGAUAUCGCAAUAUUAAAAUUGGAUAAUCAGUUUUUUGAAAGCAAUUCUAUUGGAAUAGUUGGAAUUGCAAAUAAUAUACCAAAAUCUGGAAAAUUAGUUAAAGUUUCUGGUUAUGGGGCAAUGUCAGCUAAUGGAAAUAUUUCUUCAUAUUUAAUGAGUGCUCAACUUCGUAUUAUUGACUUUUAUAAAUGCAAAAGGAGAUAUAAAGGUAUUUUAACAAAUACAAUGUUUUGUGCAGGUGUACCAAAAGGUGGGAAAGAUUCUUGUCAAGGUGAUUCUGGUGGACCAUUAACUUAUAAAAACUAUUUGAUCGGAGUAGUUUCAUGGGGUAUUGAGUGUGCAACAGCACAAUAUCCAGGGGUUUAUACUAAAUUUAGAAUUAGUUUGAAUUUAGAUACCAAAUCUAUGACAAUGAAUUUGGUAAUAAUAUUAAGCUCCCUUUUAAUAGGGUUUUUUGGAUUAGUAGAAUCCCAAAAUUCUACUAUAGAACUUGAGCCUAGAAUUCAAGGUGGUAAUGCCAUUACAAUUGCUCAAAGACCAUUUGAAGUUGCUAUUAUAACAGCAAAAUUCUUUUGUGGUGGUGCACUUAUAAAAUGGAAUUAUGUUAUAACAUCUGCUAACUGCAUACAAAAUUUAAAACCAAAAGAUGUACAAGUUCGUGCAGCAUCAAAAUAUUGGAAUAAAAAAGGCAUUCUUAUAACAGCAAAAAAACUAGUUAAACACAAAAGCUACAAUCAAUUCGCACUUAAUUUGGAUUUUGGUCUUGUUAAAACACGAUUUUCUUUUGCUUCAUUUGUUUCGAAAGGAUAUAGUGUGCAACCAAUACCAUUGGCAAAAGAUUUACCAAAAGAUGGUACUACAUUAGCAGUAUCAGGUUAUGGUAAAAUAUCGCAAAAUGGUCCUCGACCACCAACCUUACGAAUGGUGAACGUGAAAAUUAUCAAUUUCAAACAAUGUAAUAAAUUGUAUAAAAAAGGCUUGACAAAGUCAUUGUUCUGUGUUACUGGCAACAAUAAGGGUGCAUGUCAAGGAGAUGCUGGUGGCCCAGCAACAUAUAAGGGAACACUUGUUGGAAUAGUUUCAUAUGGUUACCUGUGUGGCCAAGAUCCACAAUAUCCAGGAAUAUAUGCAAAUGUCCCCAAAAAUCGGCACUGGAUCAUGAAUAAAACUAGAAAAUAA